AUGGCGCCAUCACUCGUCGAGGCGACGACGACGACGGGCAGCACGACGGCCGAGCUGAGGACGUACAAGCUUCAAGCCGGCCAGUACAAGGAGCUUGACGGCCACAGCAUAGAUUACGAUGUCGAGACGGGCAGGAAAGGGGGCAGAGGCGCCAAGUACCCUCACUACCUCCCCACCUGGGACCGCGAGCAGCAUUACCCGCCUCUCGAACCGUUUGAGCAUUACGAGCACGGAAGAGACGCCGAUCCAGCCUUCCCCAACCUCCUGCCCAAGGGAACGGAGGUCACAGACCUCACGCCCUUCAUCGGCUCCGAGGUCAAGGGCAUCCAGCUCUCGUCCCUCAGCGACGAGGCCAAGGAUGAGCUCGCCCUCUUCGUCGCCCAACGCAAGGUCGUCGCCUUCCGCAGGCAGGACUUUGCCGACCUGCCGAUUUCCGACGUCCUGCGCUACGGUGCCUACUUUGGCCGCCACCACAUCCACCCGACCUCCGGUGCGCCUGAGGGCUUCCCCGAGAUUCACCUCGUCCACCGCGGCGAGACGGACACGGGCGCGCAGGAGUACUUCAAGACGAGGACGAGCUCCGUCGCGUGGCACUCGGACGUCUCGUACGAGCAGCAGCCGCCGGGAACGACCUUUCUCUACAUCCUCGACAAGCCCACGACCGGCGGCGACACGCUCUUCGUCGACUCCGUACAGGCCUACAAGAGACUGAGCCCGUUGUUCCAGGAGCGGCUCCACGGCCUGCGGGCCACCCACUCGGGAAUCGAGCAGGUCAACGCGGCGGCGGCGGCGGCCAGCAUCAAGCGGAGGGAGCCUGUCGUGAACGACCACCCCCUCAUCCGCACGCAUCCCGCGACGGGUGAAAAGGCCAUAUUCGUCAAUGAUCAGUUCACACGCAGCAUCGUCGGACUCAAGCAGGAAGAGUCGGACGCGCUCCUGAAGUUUCUGUACGACCACCUCGCCUACGGUGCAGAUUUCCAGGUCCGUGUCAAGUGGGAGGAAGGCACCGUCGUCGUCUGGGACAACAGGGUCACCCAGCACAGCGCCAUCGUCGACUGGGAGAACGGCCAAAGGCGACACCUGGCCCGCAUGACGCCGCAGGCUGAGCGACCGUACGAAACGGCGUUUGAGAGGUCAUGA